GGAGUUUUCUAGGAGUUUCAGCUCUGGGUUAAAGUCGUAUGAAUCAGUCUGUGCUGGAAGCUCGGAGCAGAGGCACUGGAGGAAGAGGAGUGACAACCCUGACAACCCCGGAGAUGGAGCUCAGCGCUGGGACCCAGCAGAUGCCAGUGGGGCAGCCGGGCGCAGAGAGGAGCCCUCCCUGCAUGAGGUGUAAGGGGACGUGUACAGGAUUCCAGCCGCACUCCUGGAGGAAAUUGUGUGAGCUCUGCCACUGCCCUCGUGAAGACCACGCUCUGCCCUCAGAAGUAGAAGAAGACUAUAGAAUUGGGCAGCUGCUCUCAGAUACCCGCUACUCAGGACUGACAGCGCGUGUGAAAGGCAGCGAAGGGGUGCGGGUCUACAAGAGGAAUCGUAUGAUCAUUACCAACCCUAUUACCUCCCGAAAAGAUCCCACCUUCCUGACCGUCACCUAUGAGUGGGCACCGCCUGGACUCAACCAAAAACUGGCCAUGCAUUAUAUGGAAUUAAUCCCUAAGAAGAUGCAGCCUGUGGCUGGCACAGAAGGGGCACACUAUCGACGCCUGCAGCUAAUUAAGCAAUUACCCUGCUAUGACUAUAACCCCCAAUAUUGCAAAGGCCUGAAAGAGGGUGAGAAGUCUGCAAUGGAAGCCUUUGUGAAGCAAUACAAGGAGAAUGUGAUGGGGGUGGCAGAGGUUGCGUUACCGUGUAGUGCCAAAGAAGAUGAAAAGAAACCCAACACUACCGAGACUGCAAACAGCGCCGCAGAGGAGCCCGCAGCCAAGAAGGAUUAUUUGUGUGAGUUGUGCCAACACUUAAUGCCCGCCGAUGCUCCAGCAGUCUACGCUGACCAGGCAGGGUACAAGAUGCAAUGGCACCCAGCAUGCUUUGUGUGCUGCCAGUGCAGAGAGCCACUGGUGAACCUAAUUUAUUUCUGGAAAGGCAAUCGCUUGUGGUGUGGAAGGCAUUACUGUGAAAGUGAGAGGCCACGCUGCACUGCAUGUGAUGAGAUGAUUUUCUCUGAGCACUUUCACCAGUAUGACGGGAAGUCGUGGCACAAGGAGCACUUUACCUGUACGAGCUGUGAGCAGUCACUCGCCAAUCAGCCUUUUGUCCUGGACAGAGCUCUGCUCCUCUGUACCCCCUGCAGCAGGAACCGAGCUGCUCAUUAGAUUGAGGCUUCCUGUGUCCAGAUCCUGGGGUGUCCAUUGGAUCUCUUCUGCCUGAAAUAGUUCCUGGUGUUCCUGCUGCACCAUCAUCUCUGGACUUUCCAGGUGCCUCCAGCAUGGCUAUAUGGAUGGCCACUCCUAGAGCUGUGGUGUCACUGGAGGAGCGGUCAUCACUGUGACUGACCAUUGCACACCUUGGCAUGUCACUGCUGGCAGAUCGCGACCGGAGGUUUCAACGCUGCAUACUGGAAUACUAACAGAUAUUGUAUUUAUUUUUGUAUGUUUUUGUUUUAAUUGUUACUAGUGAAGUGUCAGCUCCAGCUCAACAUCUCAAGGCCAACAGCGAGUAACCAGUGGAGACGUACACAUCACAAGACCAGGGGACCUCGUGUUGGCCAAAGACAAAGAAGCUUUAUAUAUAGGUUGUCUGAUGGUAUUGGAAAGAUUGUUGCAAUUUUUUGAACAUUUUUCCUUCUCCUACAGCAUGUGUAUGCUUCUGCAAAAAUUUACCAAAUCCUGUACAAUUGCUAUGCAGGAGAAUGGGUCUUCAUGGUUACAGACUAGGAUCAUGUGUUUCUUCGCCUUUUCUGUCCCCCUCUCCUUAAUGACCUGCAGAUAGGAGAAGAGGAAGGAAAUGGACAAAAGUAACAUGACUGUAGGAUCAGACUACACGGGGAUUGUUUGUAGUCUGUUGCUAUGGUAACGGUCUGCAGAGUAGAAUAUGUUCUCACUGAAGCUAUUUGCAAAAUUGCUUUCUACUAUUUUAGGUGCAUUGCACUAAGGGGGUCAUUUAUCAAAUCUGCUGGGCCAGUUUUGCGGAAUAUAAAAGUCACAAGUGAUGCCAGCGUGUGACAAUCGGUGCAUAUUUUUCCGAUAUUUGGUCAAAUUCUGCAUCCGCGGUGAGCCUCGCCCUGGUGUACUUUUACAGACAUAAAAAUGUUUACCACAUUGCACUUGCGCCAAAUAUAUUAUUCAUAAAUUUGGUGAAACCUCACAAAACUGACUCCAAAAGCACUGGAAAUGGUAAAUUCCCCUCUAACUGCAAAAGUUGACGUGCCCUUUAAAUCUUUGCAGAACAAAAACAUAUGGAAUUCAGUGCAAAUCUCGGUGAUUUCAGAGGCAUUACAGUGACCACUGAUAGAUCUGGUUUCCGCAGGUAACAUUUUCCUGGAUGUGUCAGUAAACAUCCAUCGAUCUAAAAGUCUGUGUUCCGCCAUAAGGUUAUAUGAUGUCCGAUUUCUAAAUCCAUCGUACAGAGUAUUCCUCACAUCGAUAUGUGUUCUGUUCUGGCUCUAUACCAGUAAUCAGGGGCAGAAUCCGAAAUGCUCUGCAGAUUUAGUGAUAAUACCCCAUAACGUCGUCAGUAGGGGGAGUAAAGUGAAGACUGAUUAAAGUCAGUGGUGAUUGUCGGUGUAAAAUGUUCUGAUGGCGACACUAUAAAAAAAUGGUAAUCCGGAGUCCUGUGUGUAAAGAAAGCAUAAUCAUUUCUGCAACUUUCUAAUAUUCUUUGCACUUCAAUUCCUCUCAAGUUUCAAAAGCUCUGCUUGCUGUCAGUGACUAGUCUUCCUCUGAUCUGAAAACUGAAUGCAAUUGUCUGGUCUAGGAAUGCUCUGUGAACUGAACAACAGCACAGAUUGCACCAGUAGUUUAUACAAUGUAUCACCGAGGAGUCCAGAGCACUGGGACUCUAGACUGAUUGUAUCCACCUCUGAGGCCAGAGCAGAUCACUCCCUGUGAAUGCAAACACACUGACAGCAAGCAGAGACCUUGAAAAUGGUAACGAGCUAUAAACAGAUGCUAGAAAAUUGCAGAACUUUUCAUUGCUGAUUAAACUUUAUUUUUUUCAUUGCAACCUGGUGCAAACCAAGCUGUGUAAGAAGCCGACGUCCCCCAUAGCAGCCGGAGGAUCCUCUGCUGUCUGUACUUACUGAUGUGUGAGAUUUCUGACUGCUCCCAACUUUCAUUCCCCGGUUUUCCUAACCAGAUGAUUGCUGUGUGGCUGAUGUGGAGGUCGUACAUAUUCUGCCUACAAUCCAUGUUUCAGCUUAUUAAUAUUUUCACAAGAAAAUUUACCCCAAACUGCUUGUAAGAAAUGAGGGUAACUAGAGUCUCCUGACAAGGCAUUGGCUGCCAUGAUGCUUCUUGGAAUAAAACAACAUA